AUGGUCAAGUUGGACGGUAAUGAAGAUGGCACGGCACCACCAUCAGAGUCUGCACCACCUGCAUCGUCGUCUUCCUCUUCAGGUGAUAACCCAGACAGUCCAGAUUCACCUCCACCUCCACCACCAGAUCCUCCUACACCACAGACAUCCAUUUCAAAGCAGUCUGUCCCGGAAGAGUACCCUCAGGUUCUCGCGCUUCCUAUUGCUCGUCGCCCUCUGUUUCCUGGAUUUUAUAAAGCUGUCGUUGUCCGCAACCCUGCCGUCGUGGCAGCGAUUAAGGAGAUGAUGCGUCGCGGACAACCAUAUCUCGGUGCGUUCCUGUUGAAGGACGAGCAAACGGACAGCGACGUUAUCAGCGACAUCAAUUCGGUUCAUCCCGUCGGAGUCUUUGCUCAGAUUACUAGCGUAUUCACGGCCGGGGGCAAGGAGGACGAGAAGGAGGAGGGUCUCACCGCAGUGUUAUAUCCGCACCGGCGAAUCAGGAUUACAGAGUUGGUCAAAGACGGGAGCGCUAAAGUUGAGUCCACAGACGAGUCCCUUCCCACACCGCCUCCUGAAACUGUUAUACCGGCGCCCAUCCAAACCUCCUUCCUCCAGAAUUACGCGAUAUCGGUCGUCAACGUCGAGAACCUCGCGACUCUGCCCUACAACAAGGAUGAUCAGUACAUCCGGGCCUUCAUGUCAGAGAUUGUAUCAGUGUUCAAGGAUAUUGCACAGCUGAACCCACUGUUCCGAGACCAGAUCACGAACUUCUCUAUUAACCAGGUCGCCUCGAAUGUAUUUGACGAACCGGAUAAGCUUGCGGACUUCGCUGCUGCCGUUUCAACUGGAGAUGUGAACGAGUUACAGGACGUGCUGGAAAGUCUCUCCGUUGAGGAUCGUCUGCGCAAGGCACUGCUUGUGCUCAAGAAGGAGCUCAUUAAUGCACAGCUGCAGAGCAAGCUUGCGCGAGAUGUAGAUAACAAGAUUGCCAAACGACAACGCGAGUAUUACCUCAUGGAGCAGCUCAAGGGCAUCAAGAAAGAGCUUGGUAUGGAGUCAGACGGGAAGGACAAGCUCAUCGAGAAGUUCAAGGAGCGCGCUGCUUCAUUGAAGAUGCCCGAGGCUGCUCGCAAAGUGUUCGACGAGGAACUUAACAAACUCAUGCACCUCGAGCCGUCUGCGUCGGAAGCCAACGUCACGCGUAACUAUCUUGAGUGGUUGACCCAGAUCCCGUGGGGGCAGCAUUCACCUGAGAACUACUCCAUUGCGCACGCACAACAAGUCCUCGACGAAGACCAUUACGGCUUGAAGGAUGUGAAGGACCGUAUAUUGGAGUUCCUUGCAGUUGGUAAGCUAAGGGGCACGGUGCAGGGUAAGAUCAUUUGUCUCGCGGGCCCUCCUGGAGUUGGUAAGACAUCCAUCGGCAAAUCCAUUGCGCGAGCCCUCAACCGGCAGUUUUUCCGUUUCUCUGUUGGUGGUUUGACGGACGUUGCGGAGAUCAAGGGUCAUAGGCGGACUUACGUUGGUGCACUGCCAGGCAAGAUCAUUCAGGCGCUCAAGCGGGUUGGGACGGAGAAUCCACUGGUACUUAUUGAUGAAGUCGAUAAGAUUGGACGGGGUAUCAACGGAGAUCCCGCAAGUGCCUUGCUGGAAAUGCUAGAUCCCGAACAAAAUACGGCAUUCUUGGAUCAUUACAUGGAUGUUCCUGUAGAUCUGUCUAGAGUUCUGUUCGUCUGCACUGCAAAUGUUCUCGACACCAUCCCAGCUCCCCUGCUUGAUCGUAUGGAGGUGCUUGAGGUUAGCGGUUAUGUCUCGGAGGAGAAGGCCGUUAUUGCAGACAAGUACCUUGGACCUCAAGCAAAAGAGUCUUCAGGUCUCAAGGACGCGGAUGUGAAGCUGGAUUCUGCUGCGAUAGAUGUGCUCAUCAAGUAUUACUGCCGCGAGAGCGGAGUGCGUAACCUGAAAAAGCAUAUCGAGAAGAUCUAUCGUAAGGCUGCACUCAAGCUCGUCCACGAUUUAGGUGAAGAUGUAUUCCCCGAGGAGGUGGCUGUCUCUCAGCCUGCUUCAUCUGGGGAGAAGACGGUCGAAAAACAAGAUCCUCCUCCCAACGAUCCGGCUGCUCCAGGAUCCACCGUUCCGAAGACAAAUAAGGAGGAAGGAGAGGAGCGUAAGGUAACCACAGUGGAACGCAAGCCAUUGAAGGUUCCCGACACAGUGCACGUCGUCAUCACCCCCGACAAUCUUAAGGAGUAUGUUGGUCCGCCCAUCUAUCAUAAGGAUCGAAUGUACGCCAGGCCUCCACCGCCAGGUGUAAGUACGGGUCUUGGAUAUCUAGGCAAUGGUUCUGGAGCAGUCAUGCCCAUUGAAGCUACGACGAUGCCCGGCAAGGGUGGCUUACAAUUGACGGGUAAACUGGGUGAGGUUAUUCGGGAAAGUGCUCAGAUUGCAAUGAGCUGGGUUAAGAGUCAUGCGUAUGAUCUGGGUAUCACAGCUACGCCUGAAGAGCAAUUCUUAGUCGACCGUGAUAUCCACCUUCACAUGCCUGAGGGGAGCAUCGGGAAGGAGGGACCUAGUGCGGGAACGGCUAUCAUGACUGCUCUCGUGUCUCUAUUCACCAAAACCAAAGUCAACCCUGACAUAGCUAUGACCGGCGAAAUAUCGUUAGUGGGCCAGGUGCUGCCUGUUGGUGGGCUGAAGGAGAAGAUCCUCGCUGCACAUCGUGCCGGGAUCAAGACGAUCAUCGCACCAGAGGCGAAUCGCCCGGAUAUCGAGGAAAAUGUUCCUGAAAGCGUCAAGACCGGCAUUCGGUUCGUUUACGUUGAGGACGUGCGGGAGGUACUGCACGAGGUAUUCCGCGGGGAGCCUGUGUCUGAGCGGUGGAAGGACACGCUUUCGCUGUGA